AUGAGCAGCAGCAGCAGCAACAACACCAACGCAACGGCAUCAAGCAGCCGGCACUACCCCUGCAAGUGGGACUACUGCGCGCGGACGUUUGGCACGAUCGACGAGCUCAAGGCACACUUCUCCUUCGACCACAUCCAGCACGAGCGGCCAGCCUACAUCCCGUCGCACAAGCGGCGGCGGCGGGCAGACGGCACCUGGGCGCUCGUCGAGGAGAACUACGAGCCGUCCUUCCCGGCCAUCACGUCGCAGAGCACAGCCGAUAUCACGGGCUCAACGGCCCCGUCGUUCGCGAUCCCUUCGCUCCCAGGCGCGCCGUUCUACAACGACGCCCUCGCGCCGCCCGACCCCGCACUGACGGCACCGGUGGACUUUGGCGCCUUCCUCCGCUCGCCUUCCCCGACGAGCCCGGCACGCGCGAGUAUUCCCCUACAGUCGACGCCGGCAAGCCAGGUGCCCCCGCCGUCUAGCGCGCUCGAGGCGGCUGGGACGGCCGGCUCGUCAGCCGCAGGCAUCAGCGCCGCCAGCUCGGGCCCGUUCCCCACCCAGGCUUUUCCUUCCACCCAGCUCUUCUCGCAGCCGUCCCAGGCCUCCUUGGCGGCCGAGCACAGCAACGACUCGUCCUGGGGCCAGCCGCCAGACGACGCCGGCGCACCGCGCCCCCCGCAGACUAUUGCGUUUGGCGCAAGAGCCCCGCCGUCCGACUCGCCUGCCCGCCGCGUGUCCGCCAGCGGCGUCGGCUUCUCGUGGGGAUUAAAGAAGUAG